CCAUCGGAAAACCCCAAAAAGAAGAAUAAAAAGGUGACUAAUGAUUUACAGUACCGGUGAAAAGUAAAAACGGAAACCACGAGACCGCUUGAAAAGUUUUGCCCGCACUUUUGUUCACGCUUAAAACAUUCCUGCAAACGCAGUUUGGUAGUGGUCAGCAGCUCGCCGCUGACGACGUAUUUGUGCUUUCAAUUUAACUCAACAAAAUUAGUACUUCUUUUUUGGGGAAAACUUGGAAAAAGAAAUAUACGACGAGAUGCAAGUUGUAACCGCUAAUGACGGAAGCGCCAAUGUCAUCACGUCGGAAAAGCGAGACUCCGACGACGGGGAGGAUGGCGUGGUGCUGAUUGAGGAUGGCAGUGGAAGCGGCGGUGUCGGCGGAAGUAGUAGAAGCAGCCAAGCUAACAGUAAGAAGUCACUGGACCGAGUCAAAGGACCGUGGUCGCAAGAAGAGGACGCGAUAUUGGGUCGACUUGUGAGCAAUUUUGGGGCGAGGAAUUGGAGCCUGAUUGCCCGUGGAAUUCCCGGUAGAUCGGGCAAGUCUUGUCGCCUUCGUUGGUGUAAUCAGCUGGACCCAGCCGUUAAGCGCAAACCUUUCACCGAUGAAGAGGAUAGCAUUAUUCUACAGGCCCAUGCUAUCCAUGGCAACAAAUGGGCAUCCAUUGCACGGCUUUUGCUGGGAAGAACUGACAAUGCAAUUAAGAAUCACUGGAAUUCUACCCUGAGGCGCCGUUGCAUGGAUUCUGACAAGUUUAAAUUUGAUUCCAGCCAGGUGAUGGAAGAUGCUAGUGCCGAAAAAUCUAAAGCAUCAUCCAAUGAGACUCUAUCAUGUGGAGAUGUCAACUCGUCAAAGUCCUUGGACAGUAAGGAUGUUAGCUCUAAGGAAAAGAUGGAUGAUGAGCAGCAUGAGAUUAGUACUCAAACUGACUAUCAAUGCAGUUCUGAAGCAGGAGACCCUCCUUCCUUGUUCCGGCCUGUGGCUCGGAUUAGUGCUUUUAGCGUUUAUAGUUCCUUGGAAGUCUUCGAAACCUCAUUGCCAAGUGCAAGGCUGGCUCACUUUGAAGGAACACUGGAUCCAGUAUUAAAAUCUGGUAGUGGGAUGAGCAAUUUGUUUCAAGCAGCUUAUGGUGAUCAACUGAUCCCUCAUCAAUGUGGCCACUGUUGCUUUGCAAGUUCUGGUACAGCGGAAUCCAGGACCUCAUUGUUAGGGCCUGAAUUUGUUGACUAUGCAGAGCCUCCAUCCUUCCCAAGCCACGAAUUAGCCACAUUAGCUGCUGAUAUCAGUAAUGUUGCGUGGUGCAAAAGUGGGUUAAAAAAUAACAGUGUGGAAAAUGCAGCUAAUAGCGUAAUGUCUAGUAGAUCUCACUUGCAAAUCAGAGCUCCUGAAGGGAUUAGAAUGUAUGACAGUUUGGAAGAUCGGAAAUGCAGAUUAAUGGGCAUGAUGACUGAACCUGUGACAAGCCCGUGAAGCAGGAGGACUCAGCUGAUAGAUGGUAAUGUUGGAGGUCGAAUUUGAUUUGCUGACUGCAUGACAAGCUUCAAUGGAAUUUGAAGAAUAAAAGGAGCUAGAAUGUGGUUGAAAUAAGCCUGCAGAAAAACUCAUAAGAUUAAUCUCAUGAAUAAGAACUGCCCCUUAAAGAAGCACCCAGAGGAAGUGGUCUGCAUGUGACUUGUUUGACUCGGAAGAGAAGAUGAUGCACUGAUUAGCAACGUUAUUCAUGAUACUGGAGAAAGCGUUUUUCUGAUGUAGUGCCACUGAUUCUAAGGAUUGGCUUCUUUGCCUAAUGUGUUAUUCUUUGCCUGGGUGGUAUGUGAUGAAAGAUAUGGUGAAAAAGUGCCUCCUUUGUCUCUUUUUAGCUCCUGUUUGCUUUCGUAUUUCCUAUUCUUUUCCUGACACCUGGUGUAGUUACAAUUUGAGAACAUGGAGCAGUUUUAUUUUCCUAUAA